AUGGAAGUGUACGUUGAAAACCAGCAAGGUAAAUAAUUAACAGCAGAAGCAUGCCAAAAACCGUGUUAAGGUGCGUGAACUGUCUGCGUGUGAUUCGGCGAAUGUUCGAAAUGUCGGGAGGAGUAAAGAAUAAAUGGGUCCCUGCUACGUUAAUCAGAGGGCUGGGGCCAAUAAUCUAUCUGGCGAAAGUAGGGUGGCAACUGCGUUAUUUUCACAUUGAUCACCUGCUGCAGACUGAGCUUGUGAACCUGAAGAGAUUUUAGAUGAAGAGGGUUUUGAUAAAGUGCUUCCCAAGGAGCAAGAUGUCGCAAGGGUUCGCUUACAUCAACUAGCGGUUCUACCAGUCAGCUCACGUCAGCAACGGAGCAAUCCCGUAGGGAUCCUGGAUAGACUCCUGGUCCAGCUCCAGUACAAGCCUCAGUGCUUAAUAACAAGAUCUCGAACUGUGGCUUAGCGCAGCCAUCAACUCCAAACACUGAGACCCCUGUUGGAGCCCGUAAGCUUUAGUCUACCCACUCGGUUCUAGCCCUUGAAGUGGAUGCUCUGUCUUGAGAACCAAGUCACAAUGUGUCAACUCCCAGAGCUUUGCCAGAGCAAAACUGAGCGCAUAUAUCCAGUCGGGGAAAGAAAAGCACCAGUUAAGCUAAAUCUGUGACAUGGACAGUAAUAGGAACUAGCUUUGUACAAUCUCGGGAGACAUUUAGUUUGCCCUUGUGUUAAAUUGUUGAAGUUUCAAGUGACUUAUUAGCUUUCCUAGAGUUUUCAUUGCAAAGCAGUGUUUUCAAUGGUUUAAGGAUUUUCACAGAUUAGAAGGGGAGGAAGUGCAAUGUAUUUGAUUUCUCUUUGUCAGCGGUCGUUGUUAUACGCAUGCGCACUAAAAGCCGCUCUGCUGGUGAGUUGACCGCAAUGUCGAAACUCGCGUGUUUAGUGCUGUGUGUUUCAUGUAGUUAAAUCUUUUUGUGUUUGAAACCAUCGACCGUUUUCUCCAUGAUUUAACCAUUCAAAUCAAACAACACAGAGAGAGACUAGAGAGAAGCGUUCGACAAAACUAAGCAUAAUUACAUAGGCACAGCUUUAAAAAUAAGAAAUUUUUGUCGUGUUAUUCUCACAACGAUCUUCUGAUAUUGAAUUAAUACUACUAAAUGCUACUUGGGUCGUCCAUAAGCAAACUGGCAUCAAUGUGAAAAAGGUGAUGGACACUUGGAUAAAACAAAUGGGAUUACCGGUGGUCACUAUCACGCGGGUGGAUCAAGAGAAGGCAAGAGCAGAUCAAAAACUAUUCCUUAUCCUCCCUGGUGCGAAGCCCAACCAGAGUUCUCCCUUCGAGUAAGUGACAUCAACUUUGCUGAUCUGUAUGAUGAGUCAAGCGUUUUAAUUUAAAAGAAUAAAGUUAUUAAUACCUAUUAAAUAUUUUUGAAUUUAGCUUCGUAGAAUGUGAUUCAAUUUGGUUACCAAAAAAUCCCAGAAACUCUAGAAUGUUCAGGAUGGUGUUCCAGAUCGAAUUGGAAUUUGAAAAAAAAAAUUUUCUUUGUGGGGGAGGGCAAAAAUUAGUGUUACUGCAGGAAAAUCUCUCGAAGCAAAGAACAGAACCAGCAUCAGGUUAAGAAAUGCCUGAGAAAAUGGCAAGUGCAAAAAACAGAGAGGGAGGCUACACGAAAAUGCCAAAUUCCCCUUCUUAUUUUUCCUUAUUUUUCUUUCGUCCCCUACCUCUAUCAACGCAUGCCACGCAGGCUGCAGCUGUAACAAACUCAAUCAGCACAUAUUCCAUCUCCGGGAUGCGAACACGGACUACUUGGGACGAGACGAAGCCUCUUACCACAGCUUCAUUCUUGAUAUCCUCGAUACGUAGCAGCGAAUAUUUUUUCUGAGAAACGUUCAUACACGAAUUACACAGACACACCAAAUAUAUGUCAAUGUGCCGAUCUGUAACGAAAUAUUGCAAAUACAACGAUGAUAAACGUGCUUUUCAGUGGAUAGAACAUACCACACUUUUUUACCCUGACAAACUACUGCACGCAUUGAUUUACGUCCAUUGAAAGUAAUUCAAGGUCCGCUCAUUUCUAGUUAUACCUGGAAUAUACCUCUAACGUACAUCACUCAGAAGAACAAGGAUGCAGUCAAUGUUUGGAUGAAUAGAGGACCUGGUAAGGGCUUGCCGGUUUUGCUUGUACUUGUACGUCUUAUGCCGCGGAUACCCGUUCAUAAAAUGUAAAAUUUAGAUUAGUUAAAAUUAAACAAAAAAAAAAGAAAACGAAAACUGAAGCCUUAAGUUAAUGAAACAGAAAACGGCCACUUGAAGUUCCGAAAUGCCGGAGUGUAUUUGAUGCCAUCCACGCCGAUUUCAUUCAAAUCUGCAAACUCUCCUCCGCGAUGCAUGAAGCUAUUCAAGACAGGUCUCUUAAGACUCGCAUUUUUACAGCGACUUCGAAAAAAGAAAAGGCAAAGAUGUAUUGUUAUCGGCCAAUUAAAAUGAACAAACUGUACCCGUCCAACCCUGAUUUUCAUCGUUUUAUUGUAGCGUUUAAGUAAUAUUGUAAACAAGAACUAAAAUCCAGAAAAAAGACAUUUAAACCUUAUCAAGCAUUUGAAAUCUAUUGCAGCUUCACUAAACUGGGUCUCCUCUGAUGGUUGGAUCAAAGCCAAUGUUGAUCAGAUUGGUUAUUACCGAGUAAACUACGAAGCGGAGAAUUGGAAAGCUCUAUCUCGUCAGUUAAAAACUGACCAUAAAGUAAAUAUGUUGACGUACUUACUUGUUUUUUAUGGAACAGCUUAAACGCCGAUCAAUUCAGCCUUAAAGAAUGUUGCACUUUCAAAAGGGCUGUUUCACCGCCGUCCUCUGUCUGUAUAAUUGUUUAGUGGGUUAAUAUUACCAAUAAUGCGUCCUUUUUUUCUCCAAUAAACUUGACGUUGAGGAGAAGUUUAGAAAUACUUGAAAAAGAUCAUUUCACGACUUUUAAACAAAUAUAAUUGUAUAAUAUUCCCAAAGCAUUACAUAAACGUUAAAAAAGACAAAAAUGGACAUAGAAAAACUGUUAGCGAGCUAACCAGUUUUCAAAAACCGCAUUUCAAUCUGUUUUCGUCUAGUCAACUUUGGCCUUUCCUUUGUCCUGUCAUUUAACGCUUAAUUCGUUUGUAUUUGCUGUGUUACUUAAACAUUUUUUAAGUGUUUUGAGCCGUUAUCUUUUAUAUUUAAAUCAGUUUGUUUGCAUCUCUCUUAAUGUUUUGGAAAUUACUGGACACUGAGCUCCUUUGGUCAGAAGACUCUGUUUUCAGUCAUGGUUUUCUGGGAGUUUUGUCCCGCGCUGGACUCUGGUCACGUCGCUAAAUAGAACGGGGCCGCUUGAUAGAGGUUCUACUGGCCCCGGUUGUUCAAACGUUGGAUAGCGCUAUCCACCGGAUAAAUCAUGCACUAUCCAGCGGAUAAAUAAUGGGGAAACUAAUUGCACUAUCCACUGGAUAGAGAUUUAUUAGGUGGAUAGCGCUAUCCAGCCUUUUAACAACCGAGACCAGAUAUUUUUAUUCCCAUCUCUUCAUUUAUCAGUUCGUGUUCUAUCAUUAUAUUCUCAUCUCUUUUCAAGGAAAGUUUUUAAGGAAAGAUAAACUAAACUCUAAUUUCGCCAAUAAAACGAAAAACAAUAUUAAUCUUGAUUCAAAAAAAUAAAUCUUAAGCGAGCACUUUAUACAGAGGUCAGCUGCCUAAGAAACAAAGGUUUGACUUUAUAGUAAAUAACUAGUUUUAACUUUCUUCAGGCGUUGAGCGCCGUUGACCGGUCAGGAUUAAUAGAUGACGCUUUUCAUUUGACCAGGUAACGUGCCGAUUGUGGCUUUUCCUACUCUUGUAAUAACAAUAACUAAUAAAACUACUUUCUUUAAUAUUCCUCCCUCCGAUCGCGCAUGGAAUCUACAUUGAUUUUCUGUAUUUUUUUUUUCACAUUUUUCGUCUUUAACUACUGAUAGUUGUAUACUGAAUGUGUUUCCCUUAUCACUGUUUAGGGGCAAUUUGCUGGCUCAGAGUAUCCCUUUGGAUUUGACAGAGUAUAUCAUUCACGAAACAGAUUAUGUACCAUUGAAAACAUUCAUACAGAAUAUGAAUUAUAUCGGCAGCAACUUAUCGCAACGCAAGUCCUACGGUUUGUUUAAGGUAUAGCUAUCACAGAUGUGGUAGAUUUGUUUAGGUUAGGUUAAUUAACCCUUUUAGUCCUAAGCUACGAGCGAUCAACAUCGAUUUUCUCCUUACAAUGUCAAUAAAUCAUCAAGAUAAAAGGUUUUGGGAAUUGUUAAAAUGGCGAUCACCUAAAUGAUUUGACAGUUUAUCAAAACAGUUCUUUUAAUUAAAAUUCUUUAAAGAAAUAUAUGGAGUUCAGUAAAGAGAAAUUGCAUGUGGCAAAUUCAAUGUCGUCGUCCUCUCACCAACAUUCACCAAUUUCACUUAAGAGUGUCAAACUGUUCUCGACGAAUAUACUUAUUCAAACAUGUAGGACAACCGAAAAUAAUAAAAACGUUGAACGUCUUUUGCUAUUGUAAAUUAUAAGACCGAUCCGGUGUAUGGGUUGGGGUUUUAACAGGUCAGUCUGAAAAUCGGGGAAUAAAACCUCAACUUUGAGCUAAGAAAUGUAGUAUUCUGAACAAUUAAUUGAGAUAUUAAAUUCGAGAAACUUAACACGUACCUGAUAAUAAGUUUAAAUUCAUCAAUAAAAUGCGAAGAAAUAGGGAUCGGGGAAUUGAACAAAUUUAUUCAGUUAGUUAGAAUUCAAGUACCUCCGUUCACCCUUGUUCGCCAUCAGGAAAAUAUCAGAUCACCACUACAUGGGCACAGCUCCAUGUAAUUUCUAGUCUGUAGAUCUCUUCAUCUCCUAGGGUCGGUAGGUAACUUACGUGUGAUUUAUUACUUUUUGUUGUUGUUGACUAGAGCUACAUGCUGAAACAACUUGAUCCAGCUAUAAGGCGGCUCGGAUUGGAGGACAAGGGAUCGCACUUAGAAAAGUAAAAUCUCUAUAGACUUACACUUCCUUAUACUACUGUCGGUGAUAUAUGAGCUAGAAACUGGCGAUGCAUUUCUUGUCCUUUCAAACCUUGUAUUCAUAAACAUGUACUUUUACACAAACAAGUAUUUAUGUAGAUUACUCCACUAAGUCGUAGAAAUACUCGAUACAAAUAAAGAGUUAAGAGCGAAUGCAAAAUUACUGAAAUAAAGCCUUCAGAACGUUAUUGAAGUCUCACGCACUAAACGACCAUUAAACGGUGCCAUGGGAAGAAAUCUAUUUACUUAAGCACUACAACUUUCGUUAUCAUUUUCUCUUAGUUUUUCCCCACAACCAAACCACCGACCACCACCACCACCACCAUCUCCUCCUCCUCCUACCUCUCUUCCUUCAUCUACAUCACCACCACCACUACCACCACCACUACCACCACCACUACCACAACCGCAAACUCCUCCUCCGAAGCUGUUAUUUUACUUUUUAUUUUACACGGUCAACGCCUUUGUAGUUGGGUACAUACCAUAAUUCAUUGGCCGAGAGAAGGGAAGGUAAUUGACCUAGACGACCUGCAUUGAAGUUUGAUUAUGGUACAGAACAGUGUCAUUGCUUUUCAGACUUUUGCGGCCAUCUAUUCUUUCCACGGCGUGCGAUUGUUCAGACCAGGAAGUUAUCUUUGAGGUUAAGAAGAUGUUUCAACCCGCUAUGGAGGGACAAUAGUACGUACAUGUAUCAACACCUAACCAAGACAAAUGAACGUAACAUUAACGCUAAGGAGCGGCGCUGGAAAUUCGCGAAUCUUUAUCCUAAAGUGCAAUUAUCCUCACUUUGUCAGGCAUAAGUGGCGAACUUCUUCACGCUACCGUGGUAGCAAAAUGUCAGGAUCACAACGAUAGGGAGCUACGAUAGCGACGGAAACGAAAACCGCAAAGAAGCAAUAGGUUUAUAUUACAAAAACAACAACUUGGCUCGUGAUCAACCUUUUUUGUACAUUUCUUUGCCGUCGUAUCACGACUGCGCGACUGCGACUAUAAACCUUCCUAAUUUCACGCGCACGCUUUACCGAGUAUGUGAACACAACACAAACUGAAUUUAUUUUUCUUUUUCUAAACUAAGAUACGGUCCUUUCGGAUUGAACUCAAGAGAAUUUCGCCAACGUAAAUGAAAUUAAAUAAGAUUGAUGAAGUUUGAAACACUUUUUACCUGGGCGGAGCCCCAAGUGAAAGAUUCGCGACGCUUUGCCAACGUAAAUGAAAUUAAAUAAGAUUGAUGAAGUUUGAAACACUUUUUACCUGGGCGGAGCCCCAAGUGAAAGAUUCGCGACGCUCAUGAAUGUCCAUAAGUUUCUUUUUUUGGGACUGCGUUUAAUGUCGGGUCGACGUUCCGAAGGCCAAAAAUAAAGUGGGAAACCAUCUAAGUCAUUGCACAACUUUAACCGCUGACCUCCACGUUGCCAAAAACGACGGACGUGACGUAUUUGGAUAUCUUGGCGAGGAUGGGCAAUUUUUUGAGUUUUCUGUUUUUUUUUUCUCAUUUCACCGGCACAGCUUUCACCGAAUAUGAAAAAUAUUGUUUUGAAGAAUUUUGUAAGACUUUGAGUUGUCUCUGUUUCUGAAAGGUUUUGACUGGAAUGAUCUUUAGAAUAUCAAGGUGUUUGUAUCAUGCCCGAAGCAGCCAUCAGUCCUUGACAACGUCUACCGUUUACAUUACAGCUUUUUCAAGGGAAUAAAACGAAAAAUAAUAGCCAUUCAACAUGCAAAUGCUCACGUGAUUUGAUUCAGACUGAUUUGUUGUCAUUUUUUGAGGUCUUCGUUUUCUCAUUUCCCUCCAAAGUAAUAAUAAUAGUAAUAAAGUUUAUGCUCUUGGACAUAAAUAUGUUUUAUGUCCUUCACAGAGCUCAUAACCCUCCCCUAGACGCCCGGGCUAAAACGAGUCUGAGUCGGGCCCAAAACAUAGUUAUUCCCGUGAACAUAAACUAUAUUGUUUUAAUAUAAUUCUAGUCUUAGUUCAUGCACCUUGUUUUCUUUUUUAUUUAUAGCAUUGCAUCAAAUCUCCUUCCACUGGUUUAUUCUAUCGGCGUCCGUGAAGGUGGUGUGAAGGAAUGGGAUCAAGUUUAUGACAAGUAUAAGUCGACAAAUAUUGCCUCGGAAAAGAAGAUUCUUUUGUCAGCCCUUACAUACACCAGGAAUCGUCAAAUGAUUGAAAGGUAAGUAAAGACUUUUCGAUUGUGAAAUCAGCAGCAAAUCCUAAUUGAUCAGAACUUCCGAAGGCAGAUUUCUCUAAACUAAUUCUAUUUCUCACUUUGGACUAUUUUCUGUAUAUCUGUCUUAGUCGGGCCUUAUUUGUGUUUUGUAGAUUACUUUUUUUCAUAAAAUUCUUAUGUUCACCUGAAUGCCACUUUGUAUCUACAAUCAGGAUUCUCGACUAUUCAUUGGAUGACGACAAAAUUCGCUCUCAGGACACUAUCACUGUAAUAUCCCAGCUGGCUACCAACUCUAAAGCAUGGCAGAUGACCUGGAAUUUUGUUCGUCAUAACUGGAAAAUUCUUUACAAAAGGUAUCGGCUUAUCGUUGAUUUGCAAGUGAUGUAAAGAAAUUUUCUAAUUUAAAAUUAUAAAAAAACCUAAUGAAAGUAUUUUAGAUAUGCUUCAGCAUGUAACUCGUACCUGCUUUUACUUGGAGAACUAGCGUUGUAUUAUUUGGGUUUUCUGGUUAGCGAGGGCAAGCGUAAGACGGCGUGGAGCGCGCUUCCAUCUCGCCCGUUUGGCACUCCACACCACCCUCGUUUGCCUGAAAAACACAAAAAUAUGCCUUUAUGCAGGCUUACCUAUUUUAAUUUACAUCAAUGGUGUCCGCGAAAAAUCAUCUACCUGAACAAGUCUUGUAUAUAAAGCCCCCGAGCAUGCGCAAUCACUACUUUUUUUUAAAAAAGAAAAACACUGUGAUUCGUUCCUGAUUCGUUAGUUACCGAGAGACAACGAAGCGGUUUUUGCAUAAGAACCUCUAUAAAUUUUGUUUAACUUUUCGCCGGAAUAUUUUAUAUAUAUCUUAUUUUUCAUUGAUCCUUGACUGCACCCUCCUUUUACCUUCUUCUUGAUCUAGGAGGAGAAAAGGAGCCUCUGCCUGAAUCGCGUCAAGCUUAUGAAAUAACCGAAGCCCGAACUUCUGGACUAUUAAAUCUUGUUUUCUUCAUGUCGUCAAACUGAUUUUUUGAGCGUGAGCAUCCAUUUAUAAUUAUUGAUAAGUCGAUGGUUAUAACUGAACUAGCUGUAUCAAGGAAAUUGAGAUGGUGUCGAGAUCUGCUCGCAGCGAUGCACAUGUUAAAAAAAAUUUGCUAACAAACAGUAAGCUCUAUUACCAGCCGCUGUUCGGGAAAUGAGCCUGCGCUCCUUCCCCUAACAGACGGCUGGACGCAUGAGCUUGUUAUUGUCAAUUACCACCAAGAAAGGCGUUGCCUGCUCAUAUCGAGCAUGCAGCAUUAAUUAAUUUUUCCUGGAGCAGAUUCAAGAAAGGGGAUUGAUGUGGCUUGCGAUCGUGUUUUAGAUCGUUUAAAAAAAAAGAAAAAAAAAAACGAAGAAAAGAAAAGAGAAAAAAGAAAAGUAUUAGCUUAAAGAAGCUGGCAAAUGGUAGGUAUGUUUUUGAAAUUCAGCCAACUGGAACUGGAUCAAUAAUUACAGCGGAAACCCGGUAACUCGAACCCUGAAAGGAAACGAAAAACAGCUCGCAGGCCAGUUAGAGAGCAGUUCGAGUUAUCGGGGUAAAUUUCAGUGAAAUUUUGAUCAAGGGAAAGAAAAUUAAGUUCGAGUUGACGGGGAAUUCGAGUUAUCCGAGUUCGAGUUACCGAUGUUCUACUGUAUUUUCUAGUGUAUAUGAACGAUGGUUUUUGACAGCUAAGGUGAAAGAGACGACUGUCAAGUCCAUCGGUAAUCGGUAUUUGUUUCUGCGGAUUCUCAUGGCGAAUACCACAGCGACGACGAGGCAAAGCACAACAUGUGUUCCGUAUUUAAUGACAUUUCCCAUUUCUGAUGUUUCUUAAUAACGCAUGAAUUAAAUUUUGAAUUUACGUCAUAGACACGAUAGGCCACUCAGGCGACCAGCGGUCUCUUGUCGGGAAGGACUGAAAUCGACCGAAAUCGAGCCUAGGCAAACAGCAUCAAGUCCGUCGCAGUCAGUUUUGGCGAGCGUUUAUAUAUGAGAAAAUAUUAACCUCUUUGCCUCAAUCAAAAGCGCUUGUGCAUGCGCUAAAUGUCUCUCUUUGACCGAAUUGACCCGAGCCAAAGUAUUAAUAUGAAGAAAAGUUGGCCCGGCAAGAAGGGUGACGCUGCCUUUACAAAAGGGUGUCCCGGCUGCGUCGCUUUUCAUGCCGAGUUCAGAAGGACGCGCGAACGUACGGUCACCUGACUGCCAAAAUUUCUCGGAUGGAUAUGAAAUUACCAAAUUUUCGUAACUAUGGGGAUCCAAUCGAACGCGCCUGGAGCUCCGCUAAUAAUUCACUACUGUAUCUUUUGUCUUCGUCUUAGGUAUGAAAGUGAUGUAGCGCUCUCAUCCUUGAUUACUUCCUUGAUGGCCAGUUGCAACACAGAAACCCAACUCAGAGAGGUACGAUCAGUGUUCUUAAGCAUAAGAUUACUUUCAGUUUAUCGCAAAAAACGUCUAAAAAUCUAACACUUACCUUUGAGCUUUUUUUCCAUAAUUUUUUCACAUGGCGCCAUGAAGAGCUAUCUGGUACUGAGUUUGAGGUCUAGGCGUCUGAUUUUGUUGAUUAAAUGUGACGCAAAAAGCCCACAUAAAGGUGACUUCGCCACGAACAUUUUUUGUGAUAACCAAAGGAACUUUCGACACCAUUUGACACGGCAUGCAUGAUUGUGGAAUGCAGUGCCAAAUUCUUUAAAAAAGAUUGAAUGUGCACAUAGUUUUAAAAAGGUCUUAAUUGACUUGUAUGCGUCUUCUUUACUCUCUUCCUAAUUGUUGUAAUUCUUACUUUUUGAUAACUUCGUUUUCACAAUUUUUAAUUGUAAUUUUUACUUUAGUUGUAUUUUUUAAUUGUAAUUUUCAGAUUAUUCUAUGUAUAUUUUUAAUUGUAAUUGUUAGCUGUUUCAUAAUGAGGGCCAUAGGUUUGUCAAUUUGCUGUUUAGCGCUACCCUUUUAAAAUAAAGUUUGUUGAUACAUACUUACAUUCAUGACUCGAAAUGUUAACAGAAAAGUAACACAAAUGUUUCCCAUGUAAGGGAAUCCGGAUUACGGAAUCCGGGGAAGUUUUGCUUGUGAAAUCUGGAAUGUCGAACUUUUUUUCUUGUGGAAUAUGAAAUCCUGGGUUCUGGAAUCCCGAAUACAGCUCAAGGAAUCCAGAAUCCCGCUAACGAUUAGAAUUCGGAAUCCAAGUUCCACUGACAUUGAACCCGGAAUCUAGUACCGUGAAACCGAGAACCCACGGCGUUGAAUCCAGAUUCCAAGACCAGCUUGGAUUCCCUUACAUGGGGCGAUUCACGGCUUAACAUUACCUUGAAAUGGGAGGGUAUUGAAAAAUAAUUUGGCCUUUUCUUCAUUAUUAUGAAAUUCCUUACCCUGGAAUAAAAGUGAAUAGAAAAUUAUAUUUGAUUUCUUUCCUUAUGUUUAUGUUUUAAGUUCACGGAAUUUUUCAAGGCUUACCCCUCUGCUGCGAACUCGUAUCGUCAGGUUCAGAUGGGAAUGGAGAAGAUUCGAGCAAAUAUCAUGUGGCUUAGUGAACAUGGUGACGAAGUGACGGCUUGGUUAGCACGACACAUUUAAGACUGAAAGACCUUCAAGCAAUAAAGACGUCCUAAAAUUUAACAUUUGUGGACUUCUUUGAUCUGACGUUAAUCUUAACUCUAAGACGUUUCGGUCGGAAAAACCAAACGUUAUGGGGCGAAAGCCACCC